AAGGGCCCGCUUGGCGUAGGUGGCGUGCGGCAGUGCAGGUAAGCAGCUUUGAAGAGAGAAGAAAGCGACUCCUCAAAACCCUAAUGGAAGGAAAGAAGAACCCGCGAGCUUUAACGCUCGCUUCGUACUUGUUGCCAUUUUGUUUGUGAAGCCGGGGCUCGAAGAUUGUGGUGCUAGUGUUACUGUUUAAGGUUCCUUCGCGGUGAAAUGGACAAUGAUGCGGCGCUCCGCUCCUGCUUGGUGGCGCUUGCGGCUCUAAUGGUGGUGGUCGGUCUCUGUUCCUUCUCGCUGAAGAAGGUACUUGCUACCUACGCUUAUGGUAUCCUCGGCAUCGCUGGUCUGUUGUUACCGGAUUGGGAGUUUUUCGAUCGAGAUUAUUCUCAGUGGUUCACUCCCAUGACAGUGCCUUCAGGGCCCGGUGCAAAUCGGAUCGCUAGGGCUGGGAGGUUUAAGUUCCAUCCAUUACGGGUUGCGUUGCUUUCAGCAAUCUAUUGCUUUGGUCUGUACAAGUGGUGGAAGUACGUGUCGAGCUAAGCUGCUAUUUAUGCUGCUUCUUGUCUGUACACCAUUCUGCAAUUUAUAAUGUUUUUAUUAUAUAUAAAAAAAAAAAAAACUAAGUGCCAAAAUAGUCUCCUGAUUAUUUACAUGGGACUAUUUUAGUCCCAGAAUUUAUAAAAGUGCUAAAUUAACUCUCGAGAACUAUUUCAAUCCAUAUUAAAGAGUUGGAGAAUUGAUUUGAUAUUUCUGUAAACUGGGAUUAAAUUGACCCUUUCAAAGAGUCCGAGGAUCAUUUGACACUUUUAAAAAAAACAAAAGUUACAUAACAAAUGUUGUGAAUAUAUUUUACAGUUCUACCUUUGACUUUAUUGAUAACUAGUGUUUAGUGUUGUCAUUUUGAUAACACAGGAAUGGACAUGUUUGUCAGCAGAAUUGACACAUACCAAGUCUUUCUUGUUUAAAGGUUUUAGUGAGAUGAAUGUGAGCGUCGGUAUCACUAGUUGCUUGUACGCUUAUUCCAUAGCACUCAUCAUUGCUUGUGUUAGGUAGCUAUUUUAUUUAUAUUUGGUUCCGCGUAUUAUUCUAAAGACUGCUACCUUUUUUCCUGGAAAUACACACACACACUUGAAUCAUGCCAAAGUGCCA